ACAACAUUAGGCUCGACAGACACACGGCGGCUAUCAUGUGAGGAUCAGGUCACUGAAGGAGAACCGCAGCGCUGAAAUUAAAUGUGUUAACCGACCCUGUGAGGAUAGUUUGUGACUUCCACUGCGGAAAUAUUGCGGAUAAAACGGCGGAGGACUCCAGCGGGACCGUUGUCAUUUCAUCGGCCGUUUAUUUUAAUGGACCUUUCCUCUGUGAGCAACCAGUCAAGCAUGGUGGCACACACAUCAUAGGAGGAGUCCAGUACUGACGGCGUGGAAGGAGUAACCAGGAGAGGAGAAGAAGAGAGCGAUAGUUAGAGGAGGGGACUGGACCCCGGCGAGCAUCAGAGCAGAUGGGUGAGACGGAGGAUGAACGUACAGCGCAGGCCAGCCAGCUCUUUGAGAACUUUGUCCAGGCGUCCACCUGUAAGGGGACGCUGCAGGCCUUCAGCAUCCUCUGCAGGCAGCUGGAGCUGGAUCCUCUGGACUACAGCAACUUCUACAGCUCACUGAAGGCGGCAAUCAGCACAUGGAAGGUCAAGGCUCUGUGGACCAAACUGGACAAAAGGGCGCAGCACAAGGUCUACAGCCAGAAUAAAGCCUGCGAGGGCACCAGGUGCCUGAUCAUCGGCGGAGGUCCCUGUGGUCUGCGAACGGCCAUCGAGCUGGCCCUGCUGGGCUGCAAGGUCGUGGUGAUCGAGAAGAGAGACACUUUCUCCAGGAACAACGUGCUCCACCUCUGGCCCUUCACCAUUCACGACCUCAGGGGCCUCGGAGCCAAGAAGUUCUACGGCAAGUUCUGCGCCGGCUCCAUCGACCACAUCAGUAUCCGUCAGCUCCAGCUGAUGCUGCUGAAAGUCAGUCUGAUUCUGGGAGUUGAGAUUCAUGUCAAUGUGGAGUUCGUCAAACUAUUGGAACCACCGGCGGAGCAGAGCGAGGACAGCCCUGGGUGGCGAGCAGAGGUCCGGCCCUCCAGCCAUCCUGUCUCAGACUUUGACUUCGACGUGGUGAUUGGAGCCGACGGACGCAAAAACACAUUAGACGGUUUCAGUCGCAAAGAGUUUCGGGGUAAGUUGGCCAUUGCCAUCACAGCUAACUUCGUUAACAGAAACACCACCGCAGAGGCCAAAGUGGAAGAAAUCAGCGGCGUGGCCUUCAUCUUCAACCAGAAGUUCUUUCUGGAACUCAAGGAGGAGACGGGAAUUGACUUGGAGAACAUAGUUUACUACAAAGACAACACCCACUACUUUGUCAUGACGGCGAAGAAGCAGAGUCUGCUGGACAAAGGGGUCAUCAUAAACGACUACAUAGAAACAGAGCGACUGCUGAGCCUUGACAACGUCAACAAGGAAGCGUUGCUCUCUUACGCCCGUGAGGCAGCUGACUUCGGCACAAACUACCAGCUGCCAUCCCUGGACUACGCCAUCAACCACUACGGGCAGCCGGACGUGGCCAUGUUUGACUUCACCAGCAUGUACGCUUCAGAGAACGCUGCUCUGCUCAGGGAGAAACACGGACACCAGUUACUCGUGGCGCUGGUGGGAGAUAGUCUGCUUGAGCCCUUCUGGCCGAUGGGUACAGGUUGUGCUCGGGGUUUCCUGGCAGCCUUCGACACAGCUUGGAUGGUGAAGGGCUGGACACAAGGACGGACCCCUCUGGAGAUACUGGCUGAGAGGGAGAGUCUUUACCGCCUGCUGCCUCAGACCACCACAGAGAACAUCAGCAAAAACUUUGAACAGUACGCCAUUGACCCUGCCACCCGCUACCCCAACCUCAACUCCAGCUGUGUGCGCCCACACCAGGUUCGUCACCUGUAUAUUGACGGCCAACAGGGCUCAUGUAACCUGGGAAGAGGAGGUCCCACAGGUAGAUCAGUCAACCUGUCCAGAAAAGAGUCCGAUGUGCGUCCUGGGCGGCUGCUGACCUGGUGUCAGAAGCAGACUCAAGGUUACAGAGGGGUGGACAUCACCAACCUCACAUCUUCAUGGAGGAACGGCCUGGCCCUCUGUGCUCUCAUACACCGCCAAAGGCCUGAGCUCAUUGAUUAUGAAUCUCUUAACGAGGAGGACGUUGCUGGGAAUAACCAGUUGGCAUUUGAUGUGGCUGAGCGGGAGUUCAGCAUCCAGCCAGUGACCACGGGAAAGGAGAUGGCUGCGGAGGCUGAACCGGACAAGCUACUGAUGGUCCUUUACCUUUCCAAGUUCUACGAGGCCUUCAGGAAUUCACCAGUAAACAACGGUACAAGAGAAGCAGAUGAAAACAGAGAAGAUUAUCCGUCUAAAACCAACCACAAACUGAACCUGCCUCCACCCAGGAAGAGGAAUCCCAGGGAUGACAAGACGGUGGAAGACGAUUCUAUCAACAAGCGACCGCGAAAGGGCAACCACUACCUCACAGAGUUGUCUUGUCACAGUGCGCUCCCUGCUGGCGAGGACGGAGAGCUGCGGGAGAAUAAGGUGCGCUCCAUGGCAACUCAGCUGCUAGCCAAAUUUGAGGAGAACUCCUCAACGGCAAAGACACGCAGCAAGUCUGAUGAGGACCCAUCCAGUCCCUCUCUGUCUCCCUCCACGUCCCCACUUCCUCUCUCAGAUGAGGAGGAUGAUGAGGAAGAAGAGGAGGAGGAGGAAGAGAGAGAAAACCCCCGUUUUGCAAAGCCCAAAGACACCCCCCCUCCUCCUCCUCUGCCCCCCACCCGCCCCAAGUGGCAGCCUUCCAUCUACCUUCGCUUACUGGAGAGCUCCAGUUCUGUGACUCCGCAGACCAGCGUCCUCUCUUCCCCCAAACCCUCUCACCCUGAGAGCGGCUACAGUCGCUCUCCUUCCCCCUCAUACUCUAAGAGCCCACUGGGUCCUCCCCGCUCACCCAGCCCUAAUGUUACUGGACAUUACUACCCAGAAUACACCCCACCUGACUUUGCAACCAGUCACUUUUCUGCUUCUACUCUAUCAACUAUCAAUCAUCCUGCUGAGUGUUCAGAAGAGUCACAUGAGCAGAGUAAAGCCCAGAAUCUGACAACUAGAGCGUUUUCUAGGAGGAGUAUAAAGGAGAGAGCCGUCCUCCUCUCCUCCAUGUUUCCUGGGUCCAACAAACCUACUCCUGCUCCUCUUUCUGCUCCUUCUGAGUCACAGGUGGAAGUAUCUACCUCUUCCCCUCUUUCUUCAUCCCCACCUCCUCCUUCCUCUGCCUCUGUAUCUAAGAGCUCCGCCGUCUACCCUGUGGUCCACCCUGUCCCUGACCCCACUGUCCAGGCUGGCUUCUCCUCUGUCUCCUCUCCCCUCUACACCUCUGGACACAAGGACAAGGUUCAGAAAGACUCCUCUCCGCUGUUGUCUUACACUGACUCUGAAAAAACAGAGCAAAUAUCAUCUCUCAGUGUUGAUUCCUCCAUCAAAAUAUCUCCUCCCCUUUCUUUGCCUCGCUCUGACGAGAGUCAGGAGGCCUCUUCUCCCCUCUCUGACACACACUGUGAAAAUGGACACAGCAGCUCGUCUUCUCUGCUGCACACGCAUGAGAGGAAACAUGAGAGCUGUCUAAAUAAUCGUAAGACUGAGCAGCAGGAGGAGGUCCACAAAGCUGCUCAGGAGACACUUGAUGAUGGGAAAUUAGCUGAACAUGAACACAUGAAGUGCAACGGGAGCUGCGCUCUUGAGAACGCCACAAGGAUCAGUCGAAAGUCAAUUGCUCGCUCUGAGAGUUGUCCGACUGGAGCUCCCAGUUACAUUAAGGAGCGCACAGUUGGAAAAGUAUCAUCAGCCAUAGAUGCUAAAGCUCAGUUACUGGCCAUCCUCUAUGAGACAGACCACAGGCCCAAUACCUCUAUGGCUCUAGUUCCGUGGCCAGGGAGGGCUCCUAAGGCUACAGGGAGUGUGGUACGUAAGGACUUCCCCUCCGGGCUCGGCGGCAGCGACAUCUGCCACUUCUGCACCAAGCGGGUGUAUGUCAUGGAGAGACUGAGCGCUGAGGGCUAUUUCUUCCACCGCGAGUGUUUCCGCUGCGACGUCUGUAACUGCACCCUCCGUCUGGGAGGACACACCUUCGACUCACACGAGGCAAAGUUCUACUGCAAGAUGCAUUACGCCCAGCGUCAAUCCAGCACUCACCUGGGCAGGUUCAGAAGGAGAGUGGAAGACCAAAGCCACGUCACCCCCUUGUCGCUGGACAGUGGGAGCUACUCAGCGACGGGCAGCGUCCAGAUCCAUCCCCCAGAUGGACCGUCCAGUUUUCCUCCAGAGCAGCUCGAUAAAGGUCAGAAAAGACUUCCUGAAGACACAGAGAUUGCUGUGGAGGCUCUGGAUGCUUCCUGCAUUGUAAGAUCCACAACACAAGACGCCACAGGGUCCAAGGGCCAAAGCCACGCCAGCACCAAAGAUCAUAGCAACACCAAACAGAAUACUCGAUGGAAAAGGAAGAUCCGAGCGACCUUCCCUCUCAUCUUCAUCAAGCACUUCCAGAGGAGCUACAAAGAGGGACCGGAGACUGUACCUGAAGCCGACUCCGACUUUGAGGAGAUCACUACAGCAGAGCAACAAACUGUCUGUGAUGGCACUUCCAAGACAUCAGCAGAUUCCCCGAAUCAUUCAAAGAGACGUGAGAAGAGCGAAAAACACCCCGCUACAGUAAAGGCAGUCUGCAGCCCGUCCCCCAAAAAGACACGCUUAAAGAUAUCUCCGUCUGAGAAAGAGAAGCUUCUAAACUGGGACGUGGAGGUCACACCAGAGGAACCUCCUGUUACCGCGGACGCCAAGUCUACAAAGCAACACAGAGACCAGGUACAAGCAGAGACAGAAGCAGAUAAGCCUCACACAGACUCGCGCCAGGACGGAGAACCAUCCCAGAGCCAAAGCCCUGCCUCCUCCCACUCAGCCUUCCAGCUUAUAGCCAAUGCCUUCAGGAGGACAUUUAGUGUGACCAAUCCCUCCAGCAGCUCCAACGCUGCAGUCACUAUGAGACCUAAACGUGACGGCCUCCACAGACAGAGGCCCAUGUCGGAGGGAGCGUUGAACUUCAGCUCCUUCCUCAGCUCUGUAGGUCCUGAGCCGUCCGCAGGGCAGAAGAAGGCUGGCAAGCGGGACGUACGGUUGGCGUCUGUAGGGGCCGACCCGUGGGGCGGCGGGCGGGACCUGCCCUCUCUGCUGCAGCAGGUGUCUCUGAAGGGUCGGAGGGACUCUGAAGGGGUGUUCUCUGAUGACAUGGGCUCGCUGCCCCGCAGGAGGGUCGACUUGUUCUCCUCCCUGAGGCUGAGGAAGAAGCAGGCGUCGGAGAGCGAGGGGAAGGACCAGGAGGUUCAAAAGGAAAUCCGGACUAUCCUCACCAACCUCCGAAACAAAGCCUCCAGUCAACAGAACCUGGAAGAGCUUUCCUCUAGUGACGAUGACGAUGAAAAUGAAAAUCUGCCAUUCAAUCAGGAGCUGUGUACAGAGAGACAGAGGAGAAAGCAGGAGAAGAUAGUGGCCCAGCAGACGAAAAGAGAACAGCUGAAGAGACUUCACAGAGCUCAGGUGAUCCAAAGACAACUUGAGGAAGUUGGAGAGAAGCAGAGAGACCUAGAAGAGAGAGGAGUGUCUAUAGAAAAGAUCAUAAGAGGAGAAACAGAACCGUCUGAGGAUGAGGACAGCGAUGAGGCCCAGCUCUAUCAGUCCUGGUUUAAACUUGUCCUGGAGAAGAACAGAUUGGCACGCUAUGAGUCUGAACUCAUGAUCUUCGCCCAAGAGCUUGAACUGGAGGACACACAGAGCCGACUGCAACAAGAUCUACGAUGCAGAAUGGCAAUAGAGGAUACAAAGAAGAGCGCCUCUGAGCUCCAGGAGGAGCAGGGGAUCCUGUCGGAGAUCAUGACGACAGUGGAGAAACGGGACAUGUUGGUCUCCAUACUGGAGGAGCAGAGGCUAAAGGAAAGGGCUGAGGACAAGGACCUGGAAAGCCUCGUGCUGUCCAAGGGCUACGAGUUCCACUGGGCCCAGGCGGAUGACAGCUGGGGGCAGGAGAAGCUGGAGUGUGAGGGUUGAAUCUUGAGCACCAUGGUGGUGAAGAACAGAAUCAUAAAGAUGUAUACACAUCACUAUUUUAAAGAAACAGGGUAAAAUUUUACCACAAUAGUUUGUGUGUGGUUUAUUUGCUAAAAAUCCAGCUGAGGAUGGAAAUGUCAUGAAAGCCCAAAGACAACAGCGAAGCUUUGUCUCUUCAGUUCUCUGUCACAUUGCGCUGGUAUGCUGAGCUCGGAGAAUAAGGAUGACUGGAAAUGGAGCCUGAGCUAAUGACUUCCUUUACAGCCAUGAGGGCUAAUAACAUCUCUGCCAUUAAGGUUAUUUGACCUCUGUGCUCAGAAGGGUAAUCCGUCAUGGCCCAGGCGGACACUGACCUGCUGAAAAUGGUUGUACAAUAUGAUUAACCACUUAUGAUAAUAAUGUGACUGCCUGAAAAUGUAUGCACACUUCAUAAACCAAACUGACUUUCCUAAUCAACAGCUGCUCCAUGUGGUUGCUUGCCUUAAGAGUUAGAACUGCUGUGACAGAUUUCUUACUGCUGUAACACUGUAUAGCCUCACUGGAUAGCACAUGGAACAACUCCUCUGAAGUUGCAGUGUUUGUCACAGUGUGAAUUGUUAUAAAUUUGUGUCAUAAAUCCAGAGAUGUGCUGUAUUUAAAUCACUGUUAGUCAAAUUGUAACUAUUUGUGUGAAUGCAAGCUUUCUUGUGCGUGUUUUAAUAUUAUUUUUUCACUUUAUGUUGGAACACUGUCACAUAAAAUUUAAUUGUAUUCACACCCAGACACAAAUGAGCACAAGAGAAAACAACAUCCUAACUGCAAGGUAUUUGUAGUCAGCAGGUAAGAGGCCAGGUGGCUGACAAUUUCACCCUUUUACUCCUUUGCGACACUAGUUGUCACAUAAUCCAAGACUGAAUCACAGGCCGGAAAACUACUGCUGCACAGGCUGAAACUUACUGCAGGUUGCGGAUGUGGCCACACCCUGAUCACCGAUGUCACAGCCCCUGCCCUCCGUCAGCUGUCAAGGCAACCCACCUGCUGUGAAAUCACUGGGGCGUGGUCAGUGAUGUGACAUGCCUGAAAGAUUUAAUGCAAAGAAGGCAGUUUUAUGCUGCUUCUAGUUUAGAGUGGAUUUAGCCUACUCUGUGACCAACUACUGUCGGUUAAACUGUGAUUGUUUAAGAAGCUAUUUUUUUUUUCUUAUCGCUACAUAGCCAACGUUAGCAUUCACAGCUGUUUAGCUACCAGUCUAGAAGAAACAUUGAGGGUUUAGCAGCAAACUUAAUUACCCACCAAGAGCUGUCUCCAGUGGUGGGAAAAAAAAUUCUAUCACUUCUCUCCUUGUGCUUAAGUUAGCGUGCUUAAGUUAGCAUGCUAACCAGCUAGCUCUGGCCCGGUUGGACUGUCUUGUUACUUUCCGAUACCGAGUCACUGUACAGUUCAGGGUUCUCCGAAGAAGUAGUGCUGCUCAGAAGGCGCAUUGUAACCUCUUGUAAAUGCAACAAUGGCUGAAGCUCUUGCUAAGACUCCUAAGUAAGCAGUUGUUAAUGCUAAUGUUGGCUAUGUAGCGAAUAGCUCCUUCAACCUAUUCUAUGGGCUUUGAGUCAAAAUGACAGGCUUAUCUCCCCCAUGACAAGAUGAAUAAUGUGUUUACAUGUUUUAACCCUAGGAUAAGGAACCACACUUCUAAUUUGGUCCCUAGGCUUUAAAUGUUAUGUUUGAUUAUGGUGUGAAUUAACAAACACUGAGUUAAGAGGAAGUUAUGUUUUCGUGAUAAAAACUGUGUAGUGUUUCUAUUUUGUUUUGGUUUUAUGCUGCUUCAAGUCUUUUGAAUUGAAAAAAAUAUUAAAUAAAAAUGAAUUUAAAAUUUUG